GGCCCCGGGAAUGUUUUAAAAUUGAUUUUCUCGUUUCUCGUGGCUCCUACAGCCAAAAGACUCCCAGUCUAGCUAGCCACGUUUUUGCAAAUAAAAUCAAAUAGAAAAUAUUCAACAGGAAGUUCUCAUUGGCUUUUUCGUCAAGCGAGAGUAUACUAUCUGAUCGACUAAGCCAUUAGAUAACCCCUGACACCAUCUCUUGUCGUAGUUUGCAGGCUUCAAUUUCCCAGGUGAUGUUUUCGAUAUUUUUGGGUGUCUGUAUGUGCUUGCCCGAAGGUAGAUAUUUUAAGUUUAGCCGGCAGAUUUAACUGGUUGAAAUUUUAGUAUCAAUUUGUUGCCAUGGACAGUGUCCCCUUCUUUUUAAAUAUCACAGAGGCAUUGAUCUCUGGAUUAGAAAAUGAUAAAGAAAAAUCUGUCGCAAACGCAUGGAUUGAAAAAAUAAAGGACAUCGCUGACAUGGAACUACAGCUGAAGUACAUGAAGAUCUUAAUUUUCUGUUUGCAAAAAAAUUUAUUGAUGACUUCUCUUGGAAAAUCAGUCCCACAAAAUUCUAAAGAAUGUAUGAAAACUUUGGACAAUUGGUCCAAAUUUUUUACAUCAACUGAAACGAAUUCAGGACAUACUGAGGAACACUUGGGGAAAAUCUAUACAACAACCAGUGGAGACUUGCACGAAUACUUUGCAAUUCAAGAGGUUGGCGAGACAUUGAUUCAAGGGUACUACGGAAUUUCCAGUGACGUACCCCUGUUGAAAAAUCUAUUUGAAACUGCGGAUUUCAAUAUGAUUGUGAACGACGACGAGACCUUUAUAAUCAACGAAAUAGAUGAUCUGAUGCAGGAAACUAAUUCAGAGGAAAAUGACAAUAUUAAAGAGUUAUGUCAAUGCAGACUUAAAGGAAAACAUAAAGUUUCCAUUGCGAGUCGACCGUCCUGGGGACGGAAGCGUUACAUGGAAAGGCUUAUCGACCAGUCGCCUCACACAGUGGGAGAUCUCGAAGUGCCAGCAGUUAAUGCGAUGCUCCACAAUUUUCGUUCUCCCCGGGGAUAACAAUGAAUAAACCAUCAGCUCCAAUGUUGACCAUUGAAAAACCGGUUUUUGUUACUCAGUGCUGCUGAUCAGCGCAUUUUAGGGUUAAUUUUUUACAGCUGUGUAGUUUAUUGGAGAAU